AUGAACUACGAAGUGAUCGGCCGAGAAAUCGACCCCUCGGAGGUUUCUGUCAGGAACGGGUGGUGCGACAUCGCCCCACAAAGAGCGACCAAGCCUAAGUCUAACCUCAACAUGGCUGCCAACGUGGCAGCCUCCGGCGCCAGAGCGAAAGCACCCAAGCCCAUGUCGGCCCGUAAAGAAAUCAUCAAGGCAAGUAGAAUGCCCUUACUCCCGCAAAACGAGACCAAAGUAGUAAUUCGCAUCCGCGGCAGACUGAACAUCGCCAAAACCGGACACGUGGGAAUCGUGCAAGCCAUUCAAGAAGCAGCCGGACUCGAACCGAUGCAGUGCGACGGGGACACGAUUUGCCCCAACCUCAAACAGAACAUUAUGGUCGUGAGUUCCCCGCUACCCGAGAACGUCAAUGGAUAUUUGAAAAUUCAGAGCGUCACCAUCGCCGGGCAGACGUACGAGGCCUUCUCCUACCAGACUGCACCGGACGACACGUGCAAGGGAGUCAUUCGCAACAUUCCGCUCCACCACACGCAAGAAACGAUAACCAGGUCCAUCGUCAACCCGAGAAACCCACUCGCACUGGCGGCGAAGCGCAUUAAGGAAACCGGGACGGUGAUCGUAGUCUUCGAAGGACACAAAGUUCCCAACCACGUGAUGUACGGAUGUGCAUGGGUAGAGUGCUCGCUCUACAGGAAGCAGAUCGCCAUAUGUCAGGCUUGCGGCAAACUAGGGCACCGAGCAGACGUAUGCCCCACACCGGAGAAGCAGACUUGCAGGGAUUGCGGCAUUCCAGACCCCGGAGAAGAUCACGCUUGUGAAGAAGUCUCUUGCGCGCUGUGUGGCGAGAAACACCCCACGGCCAGCAAGGAAUGCGGCGACAACGGGAUGCCAGGCCUCGGCAAUGGCAGGGACGCUGCCCACUAA